AUGCCGGACAGCAGCGGCGCGACCGUUUUCGAUGACCUGCCGGAGUGGCUCGUCGUCGACGAGAUCCUCCUCCGGUUGCCGCCAAAGGACGUACUUCGCUGCCGCGCCGUCCGCAGGUCGUGGCGCAGCGGCACUUCCACCGACAAGUUCAUCCUCGACCACCACCGCCGCCAGCCCUCACUCCCCAUCAUCGAACACCAGAAGGGCAUCUGCCGCCUCCCCGUCCCCAGUGGCGCCGGUGAUAAAAAGAUACGGCCCUUCGUCCGGUACACCCCCGUUACCAGAAUCGACGUUAUGCACCACGGCGCUUGUGACGGCCUCCUCAUCCUGUCACUCCAACACCAUUUCUACAUCUGCAACCCGGCUACCCACAGGUGUGCUUCCCUGCCACGUCCUCCACUCCGACCAGGCAUCGGCUCGGUCAGCGUAGUCGCCUUCUACCGGCACCCCACAUCUGGAGAGCACCGGGUGCUGUGGGCGGUGUACUCAAUAGGCCUCAUGAGCCUAGCCGUGGUUGAACCGCCUGAUUACUUCGUCCUCGCGGUGGGAUCAGACCAGCCAAGACUAAUCCAGUGGCCGAUAGUUUCAGAACAAGGGUAUCCUGCUGCUGAGUCCUCCAUUUGCCCACCGGUGCAUCAUCGUGGUAGCCUGCACUGGGCAAUGGGUCGCAGCAUUACAGUAUUCGACACCGUAGCUGAGACAUUCCACCAGAUGAGCCGUCCGGCACAGCUGGGCGAUAUGGUGUCAUUGCUGGACAUGGGUGGCGCCCUUGCUUUGUCAAGCACCACCCGUGAAUUCGUCACCCUAGAUGUCUGGGUGUUGCAGGACUAUGACGCCCAGACCUGGGGCUUCCAGUACCGGAUUAACUUGCGAGCUAUGGUGGCAGCGCCGCCACUUAAUCUGCGGGCGGAUUUUGUCCCGAGGAUGGUUGCGAUCGAUGAGCGCGAGCUGCUGAUCCAGAAGGGUUGGCGUCUGUUCUGCUGUGACAUCGAUGGUAAAUUUCUAGGAAAUGUUGAAAUCGAAGAGCAUGAAAACUACCUCACACUUACUAAGCAUCGCCUCCAAGAGAGCAUGAUUUCGCUUCCGUUGUUUGAGAGGCAAGAACAAGCGGCUGUGAACAAUGUGCCUCCAUUCCUCAUAGUGCUGUAAGAUGCCUUGGACUCCCCUUCAUGUCUUGGACUCCCAUUGUUUGAUGUGCCACCAAUUGGAGAAGCUAUCUAAUCCCGUAGUAUGAGCCAUGUCUUUUGUUCUUAGUUUCUAGUGCUACUAGUAGAACUGAACAAUUUGGAUGGCAGAAGUACCAUUUCUGCCAUCAUCAUUUGGUGCUUGUUAUGCUAUCCUAUGGAUCAUGUUAUUGU